AUUACUUUAAGAAGGCAUAGCCUACAUUAAUUUAACAGUCUACGAAUAUUAAUUAUCGCAAAACAAAGGUUCACUUCCGGUGAACGCGGAAGUCAUAGCGUUGAUAAAUCCGGAAUUCGGCACAGUCUUUUACACAAACCACGAGAUGCGCAACGCUGAGUCCAACAUGCACAGAGAUUGCCCUCUGGACUGCAAGGUAUACGUGGGGAACCUGGGGAACAAUGCCAAUAAGGCAGAGCUGGAAAAGGCCUUUAGCUACUAUGGCCCCCUCCGCAGUGUCUGGGUGGCAAGGAACCCCCCAGGGUUUGCCUUCGUGGAAUUUGAAGACCCCAGAGAUGCAACAGAUGCUGUGAGGGAACGUGAUGGAAGGACAUUGUGCGGCUGUCGAGUGAGGGUGGAGCUGUCCAGUGGUGAGAAGCGCUCCCGCACUAGGGGCCCUCCACCGUUUGAGAGUCGCCGCCCACGUGAUGACUACCGCCGGCGGAGCCCGCCACCUCAGCGCAGAUCCCCUAGGAGAAGGAGCAGGAGCAGGAGCAGAAGUCGUAGCAGGUCCCACUCCAGAGAUCGCAGGAGGGAGAGGUCUCGGUCACAGGACAGGGACAACAAACCAUCUAGAUCUUUCUCUAGAUCAUGCAGCCGCUCCAAGUCUAAUGACAGAAAGUGAAGCCCAUGCUGCGUGAAGCUAAAGAGGAACAUUUCGCUGGUCAGAGUUUAUGGCAAUGACGAAAAUCCAAGCUGUCGCCCAUCAAUGGAUAUUACUGCCCCUAGAGUCUCUUUUUUUGUCUUUUAAUGCAUCAAUUUUGUUGUUUUUUUUGGCAGUGUGCAUUUCCCCUAAACUGUGAUGUGUAAGGUACCUGAUAUCUUUGAUUUUUGUAAGAAGUUGUAUUCAGGUGUCAUGCUCUAUUGUUAGUUCACCUUUCUUUCUUGGCAGCAUUCCACUGCUUCUGUCUCAUAAUUUGACUUUUUGUCUUUACAUUGGUAGUCUGAAUGUAAAGAUCACAAAUCUUUACAUAGAAUCUCUAUAACUGUAGUCUGUGUGUUCCAAAUGUGUGGGGUUUUUUUUGUUUGAAAAUUCCGGUCCCAAACUUUUAUUUUUUUUUACGCUGCCAUUUCAUGUAGAAGGCUCUGGUUCCUCCCAGGAGAGUCUAGGGCUUCACAAGGGGAAUGAAUGAUUGAAUGAACUGAAUGGCAAUAUGAAAUGGCUUCUUUUAAAACCCAUGGAAGUUUUCCCCCCUAUUUGUACCGUUUAUAAUGUUAUCAAAAUUAAAACUGGUUACACUA